AUGAGGACUUUCUUCAAGGAGAAGCAGCUCAUCAAGCGCAUCAACAACCUCGAGAAGACCAACGAAGUGAGCAUUGAUGGCGCGCGGUCGAUGGCCGAAUCGUUCGGCGAGAUCGGCAAGACCUUCCUCCUGAUCGACGACGACCCCGAGGCUGCCGCUCUCGGUGCGACGUGGCAGAAGAUCGGCGAGUUCUGGUCCUCGCUCCAGGAUGACCGCGACAAAGCUGAUCGUGCGUUGACCAAGUACGUCAACACGCCGUUCCUGGUGGUCCAGCAGGACCUCACCGAGGCCGAGGCGGCGAAGAAGGACCACGACCGCACGGUGACGGCCUAUGCCAACGCCAAGGCCAAGGUGGCCAAGAUCAAGGGCGCCAAGAAGCUCGACCAGACCAAGCUUCACGAGGCGGAGAAGGAGGAGCAGGACGCGAAGGAGAACUUUGAGUCGAGCGUGGAUGAGACGGCGGUGGCGUUCAAGAAGCUGCUGGGCAACGACCAGAAGUACCUGACCGAGGAGCUGUGCAUGGGCUACCUCGACGCCAUGGAGAAGUACCUCCUCGCCGGCCAGGAGAAGGUCAACGAGCUCGUCGACGAACUCAACCAGAUCAGGCCCGGCCUCGCCGACGCCAGCAAGCAGAGCGAGCCGCAUUCGAUGAAGACGGUGGACAUCAAGGGCUACACGGACAAGAUGCGAAAGACCCUGGUCAGCCUGCAGAAGGAAAAGGAGAAGGAAAAGGACAUGGACAAGGAAAUCUCCGACCCCGUGGAACGGAGGUACAGGGCGCUCCAGAAUUUGCAGAAGCUCGAGCAGAACUACCUGGCCCGCCUCGCCCUCAUCCUCGACAACAAGAAUGCGGUCGGGUACGGGUGCUCGAAGGACCCCAAGCUGGCGGAGAAGGUCACCGAAGCCGACCGCCAGGCCAUCUUCUACCAGAUCCCCCAGAUCCACAGCCUCCACACCACCGCGCUGAAGGAGCACCCGCGCGAGUGCCUGGGGCGGGAGCUGCUGUCGACGGUGGACAAGUGGCAGUGCUACACCAUGUUCGCCUUUUCCCACUACGCCGCCGAGGACACCCUCGAGAAGAAGAUGGAGCACAACGCCGACGACGCGAGCCAGGACUACCGGCACCUGCAGGCCGUGAUCAGGGCCAUCAAGGAGAUCGAGAAGGAGCUCGACGCGUCGAACGACUUCUCGGCCGAGAUGCGCCGGCUGAUCGUCAUCCAGAACUCGCUCAGCGGGUUCGAGGGCAACCUGGUCGAGCCGGCCCGCCGGCUGCUGCGCGAGGCCACCUUCCCGAUGAUCGCCCCGCUGGCCCCGGGCGAAGACGGCGCCUCGUCGUCGUGGAUGGGCGGCUCCACCGACGGCCGCGCUACAUUCCGGUUCUGGCUGUUCAACGACUGCAUCGUGUUUGCGACGGAGAGCGGCACGUCGUCGGCCGGCCAGGCGCUGCGGUUCCUGAACGUGACGUCGGCCGCGUCGAACAAGCUCAAGUUCGCCGGCCGGUUCUCCCUGCAGGGCCUGCGCAUGGACGACCUGGAGGACACGGCGAGCCUCUACAACGCAUUCCAGAUCAUUCCGAGCUCCACCUCGCCCGCCGCCUCGCUCGUGCCCACCAUCUCCGGCCGCGACGAGCCCCGCUACACCCUCAUCCUCCCCACCUUCGCCGACAAGAAGGACUGGCUCACCGAACUCCAGAACGCCAUCGACCGCAUCUCCAAGUACAAAGUGUUCGGAGUGCCGCUGGACAGGCUGAUGAAGAACAACCCGCGGGAAAAGGGCCGCACGGUGCCUUAUCUGGUCGACGUGUGCACCGAGUUCCUGUUCACCAAGUCCGUGGCGGUCCAGGGUCUGUUCCGCGAAUCGGGCAGCGGCGCCGAGAUCGAGAAGAAGAAAGUGCUGGUCGACCUCGGUAACGAGCUGGUGCUGCCGGCCAGCGAGAACGACCACAACGUGACGGGCCUGCUCAAGAUGUGGAUCCGGGACCUGCCGGACCCGCUGCUCACCUACGGCCACUACCCGGAGUGGAUCGAGCUGGGCAACCGCGUCGUGGGCGAGAAGGAGUCGGGCGGCAACAUGGCCCGGCUGCUGCCGCAGGUGCAGAAGCUCAUCUUGGCCCUGCCCGAGACCAACCGCUACGUCAUGCAGGUCCUCUUCAAGCUCCUCAGCUGCGUGGCGCAACACAAGGAGAGCAACUUGAUGAGCCCGAGCAACUUGGCGAUCGUCUUCUCGCCGAUCCUCCUCGUCAACAGGGCGGCCAGUCCGUUCGACACGUCAGACUUCAAGGCGAGCAAUGCCAUCAUCACCAUCAUGAUCGACUACUACGAACCCAUCUUCUCCGAAAUCGAGAAAGAGAGGGAGGCCAAGGAGAAGCAGCGCACCGCUUCACAGUAG